UUUUAUUUAAUACAAUACAGAAUAACACUAAAUUAACUCGAGAUAAAAGUAAAGAGGAGUUCAAAUUAAUUUUUAUGAUACAGUUGAAGUAAAUUUUAAGUGUAUUAUGUAUUAACAUUGAAAAAUAAAAAUAAAAAGUAGGUUUUCUCAGAGUCUUUAGUUGCAGCAAUGGCUUGUAAAGCAGCUCUGGUUUCUUCAAGCCUCCCAACUAAUAUCAGACUUCCAUCGAAAAACUCUUAUUCUUUCCCUGCUCAGUGCUCUUCCAAGAGACUUCAAGUCGCUGAGUUUUCCGGGCUCCGAUCCAGUGUUUCUCUUACAUAUUCCAAGAAUGCUAGUGAAGGAUCCUUCUUUGAUGUAGUGGCUUCACAACUUUCUCCUAAGACUUCAGGAUCAUCCCCUGUUAGAGGAGAAACGGUGGCCAAACUGAAGGUAGCGAUCAAUGGUUUUGGACGCAUUGGCAGGAACUUCCUCCGUUGCUGGCAUGGACGCAAGGACUCUCCACUCGAAGUUAUUGUUGUCAACGACAGUGGUGGUGUCAAGAAUGCAUCGCACUUGCUGAAGUACGAUUCAAUGCUGGGGACUUUCAAAGCAGAUGUUAAAAUUGUUGACAACGAGACAAUUAGUGUUGAUGGAAAGCACAUCAAGGUUGUCUCAAACAGAGAUCCACUCCAGCUUCCUUGGGCUGAGAUGGGAAUCGACAUUGUUAUUGAGGGAACUGGUGUCUUUGUGGAUGGCCCUGGGGCUGGGAAGCACAUCCAAGCAGGAGCAAAGAAAGUUAUCAUCACUGCACCAGCAAAAGGAGCUGAUAUUCCUACCUAUGUUGUUGGAGUGAACGAGAAAGACUAUGGACACGACGUUGCUAACAUCAUAAGUAACGCUUCUUGCACUACAAAUUGUUUAGCUCCUUUUGUGAAGGUCUUAGAUGAAGAAUUUGGUCUCAUCAAGGGAACCAUGACAACCACCCAUUCUUAUACAGGAGACCAGAGGCUUUUAGACGCUUCACAUCGGGACUUGAGGAGAGCCAGAGCAGCAGCUUUGAACAUAGUCCCAACAAGUACUGGUGCAGCCAAGGCCGUGUCUCUAGUGCUACCCCAGCUUAAGGGUAAGCUGAACGGCAUUGCACUCCGGGUGCCCACGCCUAAUGUAUCCGUUGUUGACCUUGUUAUAAAUGUUGCGAAGAAAGGACUUACAGCAGAAGAUGUCAAUGCUGCCUUCAGAAAGGCUGCUGAAGGACCAUUGAAGGGCAUUCUGGAGGUCUGUGAUUUGCCUCUAGUGUCGGUAGAUUUCCGGUGCUCUGAUGUGUCAUGCACCAUUGAUUCUUCAUUGUCAAUGGUCAUGGGAGAUGACAUGGUCAAGGUUGUAGCCUGGUACGAUAACGAAUGGGGAUACAGCCAAAGAGUCGUAGAUUUGGCAGAUUUGGUAGCAAGCAAAUGGCCAGGUGUAGUAGUCCCUGGAAGCGGAGAUCCAUUAGAAGAUUUUUGCGAGACAAACCCUGCUGAUGAGGAAUGCAAAGUUUAUGAAUAGUUUUCUUAGUCCCCCCUUUCUUUUCCCGAUUCAAGUUGUCCAGAUGACUGUUACCUGUCGUUUGAUGUGUUAGUUUUCCCUCGUAUGGAAUAAUUUAUCGGACAGAGGAUUUGACGAUUUGUUGUUGAUGAGAUUAUUAUGAGAUUUGGAAUAUCAGAAAAGAACAGUACAUAAUAAAUCAGUGAGUUUCCAGAAUGAAA